ACAAGAAAUAUGCAGAGAACAAUGUUUGUUCUCUGUUCAAAAGGACGACUUCGUAUUCCCGCAAGAAGACGAAGAACGUAGAGACAAAACUCUCCGAGAAGAAAACAAAAAACAAAAAUUCGUGAAAAUGAAAAAGUCCUGCAACCGUUCUUUGGAUAUCUUGAUUUGAACUCUUUUUUUUUUUUUGUCAUAUAUUUUCUACAGUCUCAUAAAAAAAAGUAAUUCUUGCAAAAACAAAUUACACGGGAAUCUCCAUUGACGCGAUCGAAUUAGCCGUUUUUAUCACCUGGGUUUUAGCGGUGCGAUUCGAAACCUGUUUCCGUUCUUGGUUUGAGCCCAACAAUCUCACCUUUCCUGCGAUUCCUCAUCUGGGUAUCGUUGUUUCCCCGUCAGGCUGAAUCCGUGCCUUUGUUCCUUUCUUGACGUGUUUACAGGUGCCGAAAUUUACGGUUCAUGUUGAAUUCUAGAGAGAAUUCAGAAAUGGAAAAGAGAUUUGAGAAUAAUUUCUGUAUUGAUUAAUAUGAAAUGAUCCAUACAAAAUGUAUUUAUACUAAUCCUAACAACAUACUCUAAUAGUUCACCCUAAUAUCCUGUCUAGAUCGGUACACACAGUUUCAGAGUUCAUCGGAUUUGGCGUUGAGAUUGGUUAUGGUUAAGGCAUUGUUUGAUUAUUGCAGCUCUUUCUCCUCAGAUUCAUCGAUUAGGUUUGAGGUAUUGGGGUUCCUGAAGAUCAGCUGCUACUGGCAUUGAUGUUCUUUGGGGAUUGGCACUGCAAAUGGUUGGGAAAUUGUUGCUCUGCCUGUUCUUGGUUACGUCAAUCAUCUUUGUGCUUUCUUGGUCCUUUGUGUUGCAUUCCACGGGCCAAAUUCACUUCCUUGACUACCCUUUGUUGCACAAUCCGAUUUUCCCCGCUAUGAAUGAUGUAAAUUCUGGUGUUUCAACCCGAGGCAAUGACGAGCAUUACAACGACGAGGUGAAAGGCGAAAAGGAUGGGAAUUCGGUAGGGCAAGAGAUAGGUAAAUGUAUGUGCGAGGUACCAGGGGAGGAGCCUCUUAAGGUUUACAUGUACGACAUGGACCCCGAGUUUCAUUUCGGAUUGUUAGACUGGAAACCUGAAGGGAAUAGCAGCAAGAGUGUAUGGCCAGAUAUCCGAAAGCAUAUCCCGCCUUAUCCCGGGGGCUUGAACUUGCAACACAGCAUUGAGUAUUGGCUCACAUUAGAUCUCCUUGCAUCAGAAUUUCCCGAUAUCCCAAGAGCUAACGCUGCAAAACGGGUUCAUAACUCUAGUGAAGCCGAUGUCAUCUUUGUGCCCUUCUUCUCCUCUCUGAGCUAUAACCGGUUCUCGAAUGUCAGUCCUCACCGAAAAACCAGCAGAAACAAGGAGUUGCAGGAAAAGCUGGUUAAGUUCUUGACAGUACAAGAUGAGUGGAAGAGAUCAGGUGGUAGAGAUCAUGUUGUUCUUGCUCAUCAUCCGAAUAGCAUGCUAGAUGCCAGAAACAAGCUGUUUCCUGCAAUGUUUAUACUCUCGGAUUUCGGAAGGUACCCUCCCACCAUUGCAAACCUCGAUAAAGAUAUCAUCGCGCCUUACAAGCACGUCGUCAAGUCAUAUGAAACCGAUGUAUCUGAUUUUGAUACCCGAAAGAUUUUGCUCUACUUUCAGGGCGCCAUAUACAGAAAAGAUGGUGGGUUUAUCCGUCAAGAACUAUUCUACCGUCUCCAAAACGAAAACGACGUGACCUUCUCGUUCGGGAGCGUGAAAAAUGACGGUAUAAACAAAGCUACUAAAGGAAUGCACAAUUCGAAGUUCUGCCUCAACAUUGCCGGAGACACUCCUUCAUCAAACCGCCUCUUUGAUGCCAUUGCUAGCCACUGUGUUCCUGUAAUCAUCAGCGAUGACAUCGAGCUUCCCUUCGAAGACGUCCUAGACUACUCCGAAUUCUCGAUUUUUAUCCGAACCUCAGAUGCAUUGAAAGAGGGUUUCCUCAUAAACUUUAUCAGGGGAAUACGCAAAGACGAGUGGACAAGAAUGUGGAAGAGACUCAAAGAAGUCGACAAGUUCUAUGAGUUCAAUUUCCCGUCAAAGGAAGGCAAUGCGGUUCAGAUGAUAUGGCAAGCAGUUGCUCGCAAGGUUCCAACCGUUAAAACAUCGGUUCACAAGUCUCGGAGGUAUUAUCAAACUGGUCUCGAGCCACAGAGAGAACUGAGUUCGUUACCGAUACCCAGAAGUUUCUGGUGAAGAGAAAACCGGGUUUUUCUUUGUAGUUCUGCUGAAGAAAAAGUACAGAUUUUCAGGUUUUGGGCUCUAGGAAGAUCGAAACUUUUCGUG